GAGUGGGGAACAAUCUGUGACGACUUUUGGGACGUCGCGGACGCAACUGUGGUCUGCAGAUGGUUAGGCUACGUGCGAGCCAGCAAGGCCAAAUCAGCAGCCUUCUUUGGCCCUGGUCAAAGCUCUGAGCCAAUCUGGUUGAGUAACGUCAAUUGCACGGGGGAGGAAGAUGAAUUAUCUGCGUGUGCCAGCAGUGAUUGGGGAGACACCCAAUGCUCUCACCAAGAGGAUGCAUCAGUCUUAUGUACUAAUCUUUCAGAAUAUGAAGGUGAGUUGCGUUUGAUGGACGGACAGAGUGAUAACUACGGCAGGGUGGAGAUCUUUCACUACAACGAAUCCCAUAACGGCGUGUGGGGGUCGAUUUGCAAAGACGGCUGGGGGUACGACGAAGCCAGAGUUGUUUGCACCCAGCUGGGCUUCCCUUAUGUUGCAUCACCCUUCCGGAUCCCUUACUUUGGACCAGGCAAUGGACCGAUCCAUCUGACAAACGUGGCAUGCACUGGAAUUGAAACAUUUUUACCGGACUGUCCACAACUUCACUGGGGCAAGAACAACUGCAGUCAUGCUGAUGUUGUUGGUGUUGAGUGUUCCUACCCCCAGCCAACACCCGUCGCGCCCGAAGCUGAAGAGGGCUUCGUUCGUCUCAGAGAUGGAAUGUCAAAUGACGAGGGACGAGUUGAAAUCUACCAUGACGGCGAGUGGGGAACAAUCUGUGACGACUUUUGGGACGUCGCGGACGCAACUGUGGUCUGCAGAUGGUUAGGCUACAUGCGAGCCAGCAAGGCCAAAUCAGCAGCCUUCUAUGGCCCUGGUCACAACUUUCAGCCGAUCUGGAUGAGUAGCGUCAAUUGCACGGGGGAGGAAGAGGAAUUAUCUGCGUGUGCCAGCAGUGACUGGGGAGACAACCAAUGCUCUCACCGAGAGGAUGCAUCAGUUGUUUGUACUAAUUUGUCAGAAGAUGAAGGUGAGCUGCGUUUGAUGGACGGAAAGGAUGAUAACUACGGUAGGGUGGAGAUCUUUCACUACAACGAAUCCCAUAACGGCGUGUGGGGGUCGAUUUGCAAAGACGGAUGGGGGUACGACGAAGCCCGAGUUGUUUGCAACCAGCUGGGCUUCCCCUAUGUUGCAUUACCCUUCCGGAUCCCUUACUUUGGACCAGGCAGUGGACCGAUCCAUCUGACAAACGUGGCAUGCACUGGAACUGAAAUAUAUUUACCGUUCUGUCCACAACUUCACUGGGGCAAGAACAACUGUAGUCAUGCUGAUGUUGUUGGUGUUGAGUGUUCCGACUUCCAGUACGGCCCGACAACAUUUCCCGCGCCCAUAGCCGAACAUACUACAGCCUUAGCUGGCUGGUUGAUUGCGAUCAUCGUGAUUUCCUGUCUUGGUUUCUGCGGAAUGAUCGUCGUCUUUGGUGCUGUUCUGUAUUUCGCCAAGCAAGGAUCUUCAAACGUCACUUCAUCCCAAGGCCAAGGGUAUCCCACCGCUGCCACCUUCUCUCCAGGGCAGCCGCCAAUGGAGCUCCCACCAUCAUACACCAACGCGGUUGCAUCCAGUUUCCCUGCAGAAAAGGAUCAGAGUUGUAUCACAACCUUAGAUGAAUUAAAACAAAAGGAGUGAUUUUUUCUUUAGGUGGGAAAUGAGAUAAAUAGGAAUGUGGAGAACAUUACAAAAUCAUGGAAGAUUGCGAAUGACUGUAAUUCAUUUUUAAAUCAUUCGACCGAGGUCAAAUUUUACCUAUCUCCCCUCCUUUCUCUUCAUCUUUGAUGGGAGGGGGGGGGGGUGUGGUCAGAGGGAAUGGCACGUUAAUCCAUGCCCCCUCAUAGCUCCAUUAGUUAUAGGGUGGAUGUAGUAACCACAUUCGUAUUUUCAAAUAUUUCUUAAGCCUUCCAUAUUAAAUUUGUUUUAUAUUUUACAUGUUUGUCUCAUCUUAAUCAUUAAAGUUGUGUAUGUAGAUAUUCUAUGGUCUAAGAAUUAUUGCUUAUGUCAGAGUGUACUAUAACAUGAGGCGGAAAACAAAUAAACAAUACAGCCAUUUUCUUGUCAACCUCGUUGCAAGAAAUAGCUUUUCAAUAAAUUGAGGCACAUACUCUAAUAAUAAUAACAAUAGAAAUGUCCAUUUAUAUAGGUUAUAGAUACAAAUUAUAAUUUGAAGUAUCACAUUACAUUACUGCAGGACCAUUAUGUAAAACAGCCUGCGAGCUGAUUAAUGUUAUCCUGUUAAAAGAUGUUUUUAAUAAAUAAAUAAAUAAAUAAAAAUUAUCAACCUAGCUGUAGCUGAGCUGCAAUGAUAAGGCGCUCAAGCAUUCAAUGAUGCUUUCAAUCUUUAAAACAUUGUGAGAGGAAGGUCGCCAUCUACUGUCGAACAUCGUAUUGGCGGUACAAUAGGCCAGUUUCGUAAUGUAUUCAGAGACCUUUAAAUCGCAUUACGUAAUCGGAGGGUUGGUCAAACAAGAGACUCGCGGUGCAUAGCAGCCGACAUUGUGUGUGCCUACAAUACAUGUUUUGACUAUUGUCGAGGUGUGGUAAGAGAGAAGAAAAAGGGGGCAGUUUCAAACUUGAAUAAUAUCCUUGAGAUAUGAUUUUGUUCUUCAUACAUUUGAUCUUUAAAAUCGUUAAGUUUUAGGCGGCAAUAAUGGGAAAACAUUGAUGUUACGGAACGUGCAAUAGCUUGCAGCCAGACCAGUUCGGCCUAGUCCUCCCUGCUCACUUAAAUUCAUAGUUUGUUACAGAAAUCGCGUAAAUGGUCAAUUUGGGUCGAAAUGGCCCAAAUGACCAAGUGGUACAUCAUUUCAAUGAAAUUAUAUGUUCUGAUAUCAGCGCACAUUUUUAUACGGAAUUUGCAUGUCAAAACCCACUCAUUAAUUGAUUCCGAUUGGCCCGAUUUUGGGUUAAACAUUUUGAUUCGCAGUGCUUAAAAUAUUAUAAACUUCUAGAUAUAUCACGCAUAUUGUUGUAUGUACAUACUACUCAAAUAAAUCCUUAUGAUCACCUCUUGAGAAGAUGAAUGUUUGAUACAAAAUAAAUGAAGCUUUGUUCUGAUUUUUAUGCUUUCAUUGAACUCUAUAAUAAAGGUCGUUUUGUAUUCCAUUUAAGCGGUUACUUGAGAAAGUUUCUGAGCACAAAGUCAUGCAUUAUGUUGAGAAGGCCUGUACAUGAGGCAUCCAUAACGAUAUCUCACUCAAUACAAAAAUUCCCAUAAUCUAAACACACACACACACAC